AGAACUUUGGCAGCGCUGAAGGAGGAGGGGACGGCGGACGGGUGGGGGAGAUGUACCCGCUCGUCCCGCUCGUCGGAGUGCGACUCGGCAGGGAUGGACGACGCGUGGGUCUCCGUGGCGGCGUUGGCAUCCGCGGUGCUACUCAGCGAGCUGGUCCGCCGCGCCGCCGCUCGCUGCCUCCGCGGAGCCGCCGGGACCGUGGCGCUGGAGGCGGCGUCCACCUUCCAGUUGUGCUGCUGCACGCACGAACUCAAGCUGCUCGGGGACGCCGCGCGUCUGGAGCCGGCGUACGGCCUGACGCUGGGGUACUUCGUCACGGUCGUCCACUUGCUCUCCUUCCGCGGAGCGUCGUGUAAUCCCUGCGGCGUCGCGGAGCGCGUUUGCCGGGGGAGCUGCCGGGCCGGCGCGGCCGUCGCCUCGGUCGCCGGCCAGUUCGGCGCCGCGCUGUCGGCGCGUUACGCCGCCGCGUCAGCGUGGUCCCUGGGUCUGGCCGAGCACCACGUUCGCCAGCGACGCUUCGGCUUCAGGUGCUUCGACCCGCUCGGCGGAACCGUGCUGGAGGCCGCCGCCGUGGAGCUGGGCUGCGCUUUCGUGGUGCAGGCGGCGGCUCUUCAUAUCCACAAGGUGGACCACAAACUCCGCGUCCACGUCCUCGCCGCGGUCAUUACGGCGCUGGCGUACGCAGGUGGAAGCAUCUCGGGAGCCGUGUUUAACCCCGUGCUGGCCUUCUCCGUCAACUUCCCCUGCAGUGGCCACACCUACCUGGAGUACUGCUUCAUUUACUGGCUGGGACCUGCCUUGGGUGUCACCAGCUGCAUCCUGCUCUUCGAGAAGAUCCUCCCGUUCCUCUCCGGCACAAACAUGGCGGGUCGAGACAUAAAAGCUGCGCACAAGCAGAAAGCUCACUAGUCUCAUGUUAGCACUUUGUUGUACAAAAGGUUUGAACAGCACAUUCAAAUAAACAACUGUGGAUUUUAGCUACGAGGGAGUCAGAGGCACAAAAUGAAGGACGGACGUUCUGUUGUCAUUGUUGUAUUUUGGUAAAAUGAGAUAGUCGCGCUAACCUUCCUAACCUUGUAAAUAGCACUUUGUUUAGCCACAAAACGUUAGCAACCAAGUUAGCUGUGCUAAAACGUAAACUGUUGGCGAUGUUUGUAAACCCUCAAACCCCAAACGUUCUUUACACAAUUUGAAAAUAAUGAAAUGUAAUUUUUACAUCACACUGGUUUAAAAAAAUAAAUAAAUAGUGGUUUAGCAGAGAUGCUAACUUUUAGUUUAUCAUGAGUUCCUGAAUUUUACCUUCAUUCAGAAUGUCGUCUGGUUCAAAUGUUGAUUUUUCUUGGCGUUGGGAAGAAUUCCGAAAAAUACCUGUGAAAGUGCUAGCCUUCCUUGCCUUCUGGUUUUUUUCCUCAAGAGGAAAGAGGACCUUCCCAUCAUAAUAUAACCUUUUCUACAGUUGUAUAUACAACUCCAAUUCCAAUGAAGUUGCGACGUUGUGUUAAACACAAAUAAAAACAGAAUACAAUGAUUUAGAAAUCAUGUUCAACCUAUAUUUAAUUGAAUACACUACAAAGACAUGAUAUGUAAUGUUCAAACUUAUAAACUAUAUUGUUUUAAGCAAAUAAUCGUUAACUUGGAAUUUUACGGCUGUAACACGUUCCCAAAAAAGCUGGGACAGGGUCAUGUUUACCACUGUCCUACAUCACCUUUUCUUUUAACAACAUUCAAUAAACGUUUGGCAACUGAGGACAUUAAUUAUUGAAGCUUUGUAGGUGGAAUUAUUUCGCAUUCUUUUUUAUGUACAACUUCAGCUGUUCAACAGUCCAGGGUCUCCGUUGUCGUAUUUUACGCUUCAUAAUGCGCCACACAUUUUCAAUGGGAGACAGGUCUGGAGUGCAGGCAGGCCAGUCUAGUACCCGCACUCUUUUACUACGAAGCCACACUGUUGUAACACGUGCAGAAUGUGGUUUGGCAUUGUCUUGCUGAAAUAAGCAGGGGCGUCCAUGAAAAAGACGUUGCUUGGAUGGCAGCAUAUGUUUCUCCAAAACCUGUAUGUACCUUUCAGCAUUAAUGGUGCCUUCACAGAUGUAUAAGUGACCCAUGCCAUUGGCACUAACACAGCCCCGUAACAACACAGAUGCUGGCUUUUGAACUUUGCGUCCAUAACAGUCCAGAUGGUUCGUUUCCUCUUUGGCCCGGAGGACACCACGUCCACAAUUUCCAAAAACAAUUUGAAAUCUGGACUCGUCGGACACCAGAACACUUUUCCACUUUCCCUCAGUCCAUCUUAGAAGAGCUCGGGCCCAGAGAAGCCGCCGGCGUUUCUGGGUGUUGUUGAUAAAUGGCUUUUGCUUUGCAUAGUAGAGUUUCAAGUUGCACUUACGGAUGUAGCGCCGAACUAUAUUUACUGACGUUGGUUUUCUGAAGUGUUCCUGAGCCCAUGUGGUGAUAUCCUUUACACAUUGAUGUCUUUUUUUUUGAUGCAGUGCCGCCCGAGGGAUCGAAGGUCACGGGCAUUCAAUGUUGGUUUUCGGCCUUGCCGCUUACAUGCAGUGAUUUCUCCAGAUUCUCUGAACCUUUUGAUGAUGAAAUCCCUAAAUCCCUUGCAAUUGUACAUUGAGGAACAUUGUGCUUAAACUGUUUGACUAUUUUCUCCCGUACUUGUUCACAAAGAGGUGAACCUCGCCCCAUCUUUGCUUGUGAAUGACUGAGCAGUUCAGGGAAGCUCCUUUUAUACCCAAUCAUGGCACCCACCUGUUCCCAAUUAGCCUGUUCACCUGUGGGAUGUUCCAAACAGGUGUUUGAUGAGCAUUCCUCAACUUUCUGUCCCAACUUUUUUGGAACGUAUUGCAGCCAUAAAAUUCUAAGUUAAUGAUUAUUUGCUAAAAACAAUUAAGCUUAGCAGUUUGAACAUUAAAUAUCUUGUCUUUGUAGUGUAUUCAAUUAAAUAUAGGUUGAACAUGAUUUGCAAAUCAUUGUAUUCUGUUUUUAAUUUAUGUUUAACACAACAUUCCAACUUCAUUGGAAGUUGGGUUAUAUAUAACAUUGGUCAAAAGCAUAUCAAUGUGGCACAAAUUAAGCGACUGUGCAUCAACUGUGUAUAAAUAACCCCGCAAUCAAACUUGUAAACACGUAGGACGUCACGUCUUUAUGAAGGCUUGGCUGCCUCAAGCGUCUACGCUAGCAGACGCCGUAGUAUGGGGCAAUCAGAACUAAGCUAUUUUCCAUAUUUAAAUGGGGGAAGAUGAGCAAUUCAUUGCACAGUUGAAAAAUGUUAAAUUGUAAAUUUUAUACUUUUGGAAAAAAAGGAAAUUUAGUAUUCUGUAGUAAACCACCAACUGAUGUUUUGGUGCUGGCGUUUGCGAUGCCUUUUCACGAAAAAAAUCUUCCACUUUGUCAAUAGGAAAAAGUUUUAACGAAAUGUAAUUUGCACAUCACAACGAUUUUGAAAAUGAUUUAUCUUGCUGCAUGCUAAUUUACAUUUUACUGUGAUUUCCUGACUUUUACGCACGUUUGGAAUGUACCAAUUAAAAUGCUGAUUUUUCUCAUGUUUGAAAACGUGUCGGGAAAAUAACCCGUUAAGGUGUUAGCUAGCCUCCCUCAUCUCGUAGUACCGCUUUGUUUCUCAAGAGGCGCAAGUGAGCCACAGCAGUGGAAUUGACUGUCAUACCACUUUGUAAAUUAAAUUUUUGCCAUCGUAAAAAUAUUGUUUCUCCUACAAUGUUGGUAAAAAUGAUGAUUUAUCGGGUUGAUCAUUUACAGUUGGUUGUUUUAAUUUCGAACGAAUUGUCAAUGAGAUUUUCCUCGUUUAUAUUUAAAAAUGUGUCUGAAAAUUCUUCUGAAUGUGCAAUUUAGCUACAAGGAGUCAGGAGCACUAAAUGUUUUUUUUCUCACCGUUAAGUUGCGGAAGCGCUAGCUAGCCUCGUCUUGUAAUGCCGUUUGUUACUCAAGAGGCGCGAAUGAGCCAGUGUAGCAUAAAAGAAUAGUAGCUUCUAUGUUUGUAAUUCCUUUUUUUGCAACAAUUUUUGAGAAAACGCAGUUAGACGGCGUCGGUUGAUGACAUGAAGCAGUGCAGCUUAGGAACAGUAACUGUGAACUUGAGACGUUUGUAAUUGCUUUCACACCAAAGUUUUUCGAGAACACGUAAUUGUAAAACCUCAGUUGACGGAAAUGUAACUUUUUUCCUGUCCGGUCUUGGUCAAAAUGAUGGAUAAUUGGGAUUACCUGACUCUUACACACAGGAUGUUCUAGUUAACAUAUUGAUUGAUUGAUUUAUUUUUCAUAUUCAUUUAAAAAUAUGCUGCAAAAGUAUGCUGUGAAAGUAGUUUAAGUACUGGUCUGAAGUAACCACUGUAGGCUGUUUUUCUUAAAAUAAUGUACAAGUAGCCUUAAUUUGCAAUAAUGUGCCUCCCACUAUUGACUCAAAAGGAGAAAUUAACGCAGGUUGAUUGCCUUUAAAUUCUGUCCCAAGAUCUAGAAAACACCUGAUGAGCCUUUGCCACUCAUCUUGCCUGGUACAAAUAAUUACUGUAGUUAUUUAUACAUAAUUAGUUCUUUUCGGGGGUUUUUUUCCCCAUUGCAUAACAUGCAAAAACUUUGUUUAGUUGGCUGCGCCAGUGUAUAUGCAAAGCGAUGACUGUGAAUGAUUUACUUGUUAAAACACUUUUAUUCACUAAUGAGGUCAUCUUGUCUUAACUUGAGCGUCACGCGAUGCCGUGACAUGGCUGCACGCUGUGAAUAACGGCGAAACGAUAAUAGUACACAUGGCAAACUCCCGCUCUUGUUUUAUGCUUGUUUUCUUACCUUUUGUUCUUACGUCAUUACAUCGACAUAAGAAUACGUGGUCAAGUGGCACAGGAAGGUACGCUCAGUUACCUCUGUACUGUACUUAGGUACUGAAUUGACCGUUCAUUCAUAAACUCAAUUUCUCCUGCAACGAAAUGGCUUUUCACGUUUGUUCGCAUAAAACGGGAUGACCAUCAUGAAUAUCGAAAGCUUAUUUAUGUUUUCUUUGAAAUGUUGAAUUGUUGAUUCCUCAAGCCAUUAUCUUACAGUACAUUGAUGUUAUGCGUCAGUUCAUAGGGUUUUAUGAUUCUCACAUUUGAUGUUUGGUGUAUUCUGUAAAACCGAAAGAGGAAAGGGUAGUAAAAUGUCAUCUGCCUCCA